AUGUCUUCAAAUGAUGGAGAGAAUUCUUCAAAUAUUUCAAAUACAGAAUAUAACAAAAAUGCUAAUCCAUUUUAUCCCAGUUCAUACAAUUAUUCAUAUUUCGUAAGAUUUUCAAACUUACCAUUAGAUGUAAAUGAAUCCCAUUUGAGGAACUUAUUGGACUCAAUUAUUAUGAGUAAUUUUGAUGACAAUAGUCCGCAGCUAAAUCAAUAUAAAAUUGUGCAAUUCGAUAAUAAUAAUGUUCAUAAUGAUAAUCAAAAAUGUUUUGCAAUUAUUGAAAUUCUGCAUUGGGACUUUGGGGUUAGAUUAAUCGAAAUCAUGAAUGGUUACGAAUGGCUACUGAAGCAAUUGGAAGCUAAAAUUGUUCCAAAUGAUACGUAUGAUAACCUGAGCUAUGCUUCACUGGACAGAAAUAAUUCCUAUUAUAAUGGCUACUAUUCUAACUAUGCGUUUACCCCUGUUGCGCCCAUGAACUACAACUACAUGCCUUCUCCACAGCAUUCAGCACAGAUGUAUCAGGCACAACAUCAAAACAGUUAUCCUAAUUCGUAUAUAUCAAGAAGAUCGAGUAAAUCUAGUGAAUCUCGAAGGAAUUCAAGAAAUAGUACUUCUUCGUCCAAGCCGCUACCAUCUUUUAUAACAAACCUUGUCAACGAAAAUGCGAAUGAUUCUGAUGGUAGCAAAUCGGAUGUUACAAAUGAUGGCAACCUUCCUUCCUCAAGCGAAUUCAUAGUGGUCAAAAAUGACGAAGGACAGUCGAUAAAAGUUAAUCCGUGCAGACUAUUUAUAGGAAAUAUUCCGUUUUCUUCUACAUGGACAACGUUGAAAAAUUUCUUAGUCCUGAAGUGUCAUGAAAUAGAGCCAAAGAACAAUAUACAAAUCUUGCGAGUGGAAAUUCCCAUGCAACUGUUGACGUCCCAGUAUAAUUCUAACACUACACCCAAUUCUGGUCUUAACGUUAACCUAAACAAGCUCAAUAACUAUCAAUUCUUGUCUUCGUUUAUAUCUGGCAAUGUUGAUCACUCAAUUGGUGGACGCAUGGAUGACCCGAAUACCCAACCGCCUAGAGGAUUGAGCAGGGGCUUUGCAAUAGUGACCACAGGAAAUAAAGAAUCGCUGGAUAAAUUAAUCGAAUAUUUUGAUAAUGUUGAAUUCGAAAGCCGGUCCUUAACUGUUCGCUAUGAUAAAUUUCCUGACUUUAAUAAUUAUAUUUUGCAGCAAUUGAACACCGACAAUAAUAGAGGUAACUUUAAGGAACCUUCCAUAAGUAGCCUUGCUUUUGAAAGAAAUCUGUUUCAACAAAAGAUUUACUAUGGCAACACAGGCUACCCAUCUAUGGUUAAUAGCUAUUUACCCUACCCUGUCUACUACAACAACCCGAUGUAUUACCCUGCCAUGAACUACCCUGGCCCCAUGCCUAGUCAUCCACAAUAUCCACCUCUGGGUCCAAAUCAUCAUCCUCCCCAGCCAUCAAACUAUACUAGUUCCCCCUUGAAUGGAUAUAGACAUAUUCAAUCCCAAAAUUGGCCCCCUUCAAACGCCUCUCGGCACGACAUACCGAGAAACAAAAUUCAUUCAAGCCCACCCAAUGAGAGCACUAGAACCUCUAGAAAGGGCGUCGAUACACCACAACUAAGUGACGAUGAAAAGGCAAGGGAGCUAGUCAACUCCUUCAGAUCUUUGGGUUUGUCAUCGAACUAA